AUGGCUGAAUUGAUGCUUCAGCAGGGAGGCGGGCCUGGGCUGAGUAAUCAGAAAGGCCACAAGCCAUGUUCCAGAAUUGCUUCAAAAGGAUUACAACGUGGAUUUGAACAGUUUCCCUUGUGUUAUUUUUACUCAACUAAGCCUAUAUGUAGGUCUUAUAGGAGGAGAGUUAGUAAGAGAUUGAAAGCUAGUAGUAAGCCUAUUCUCGAUGAAGCUCAGUUUCAAAGGGCAUUGUCUCAACUUCUUCCUAGAUUUACAGCUGAAGAAUUGGGCAAUGUUAUGGCUCAGCAAGAUGAUCCUCUUGUGUGCUUGGAGUUGUUCAAUUGGGCCUCGCAGCAACUGAGGUUCAAGCAUGAUGCUUCCACUUAUCACACUGCCAUAAAGAAGCUUGGUGCGGCUGAAAUGUAUGAGGAAAUGGAUGAUGUUGUCAACCAAGUGCUUGUUAUCUCUCAUAUGGGUACUGAGGCUCUUUUCAAUACCAUUUUAUAUUUUUUCACAGAAGCUAGGAAGUUGACUAGAGCUAUCAAUAUAUAUAAGCACAUGAAGAACAGCAGGAACUUGGGUUGUAGGCCUUCAAUUAGAACUUAUAAUACUCUUUUUGCGGCAUUUUUGAGUAGGGGAAACAAUUCCAAAUUUUCUAUUUUUUUUAAGUAA